CCCAACCACACUCAGGCUGAGCAAUGCAAUGCAGCACAAGGGUUGGCUGUUGGCUGGUGUUGGCCGCCUCAGCCUCCAGGCCAUCAGCCGUCCCCACGAGUUGCUCUAGCGGCCGACCAUGGACCGCAGGAUGAGUUUCGCAGUCUGACAGAGGAGACUAUACUAACAUGAACCAGGCCAGAUCGGACCCAACAUUGUGUCCUCUUACCAACCUCUUUUUUCUCUUCUGUAAGCUAUUCAUAUACUGGGACCAGUACGACAACACUAUCGUGUCGUCACCAUCGUAAAAAAAUCAUUCCACUCAGUGGAUGGGGAGGAAUAAACAGGCUUCGGCCACAAGCAUUUGACACCGGCCGACCCAGGGAACCCCCAGGAGUCCCUAGCCAGCCCGACGGUUGAGGGCACACCAAACGGACAUCCAAACACCAUAAUCCCUGCAACCUGAACCGUCGCUAAACCGACCCGACAAAAAAAGAUUCCCGCACUACCUCACACUACAACAAUCAUGGUCGACUUUGCACAAACACCUUCACCAGCUCUACACCCAUCACCUCCAGCGAUCGAACAAACUCAAUCUCAUCUUGAAUCUCAAUUCCAACCUCGAUCUCAAUCUGAAUUUCAACUAGACCACCCACUCUCCUUGCGUCCCGGCGGCGCCUCAUCUCGUUCUUCAUCUCCCAUCCCCUCUCCCCCUCAGCCGGAUCACCCUCUGCUCAGUGGUGAGCCGAGUCGAGAAUCCAGUAUGUCUUCAUAUCAAUCACCGCCCUUACAGCGCCAAAGGUCGCCUCCGGACGCCACGAUGAACAUGAACAUGAACAUGGCCAACAACUACAGUGGCCGCUUUCCCAGCCAAAACUAUCCUCCUCAAUCGCCCACCAAUGAACCCGGGUCAUCUUCAGGAAACCCAUACGUAGAAGGCAGCAGCUCGCAAGUGCAACCACAAUCACAAUCUCAAUCUCAAUCAGGAUCGCGGUCACGCUCACGAAGCAGCACCAUCGGCCAAAGCUAUCCGGUAGCGCUGCAGCCACCGAUGCCCAACUCGCCGCCUCAAACACAAACACAACCCAUCCAGCCUCAGCCCUUGUUCGCCCAACACAGCGGAAGUCCCAGCAACCAAGCCGCCAAGUCGUCUCGACCAGUAUCUCGCUCCGCGCAAAGCAACAACCCGAUGGCCAUGAUGCAAGGUGGACUGGGAUGUCCAGUAGUGUCGAACGGGGCUGCUGCUGCUGGCCCGAGCUCUCGCCCUGGACCCAGCACUAAUACCAGAUCCCCCUUCUCCACGCCCGUGACAGCACUAUCGCGCCAACGACCAUAUCAACUCCUCCUAAUCAACCCGUGUUCAACACGAUCACUGACCGAGUCAUGUCUCACUUCCAUCCGGCCCAUUAUCCCCACAGGCAUCGAAGUGACGGGGUACACGGCACCAUACCCGGCGCCGACGGCCAUCGAAUCGACCACCGACGCCAUCAUGUCGACCGAAGCCGUACUACGUGACCUAGCCAAACACGCCGCAUCGAAUGGCGAAACAGUCCAGAACUACGACGGCAUGAUCGUGGCCUGUUUCUCCAAACAUCCAUUGAUCGAUGCGCUGCGCGAAUCCUACGACGUCCCCGUGAUUGGAAUCAUGGAGGCCAGCCUGUACGUGGCGCGCAUGUUAGGUGGGCGAUUCGGCAUCGUUGCCACGGCGCAGCGUUCCAAAAUCAUGAACGACGACCAAGUGGCGUCGUAUGGUCUGUCGCAUUUCUAUGUCGGUAGCGAAUCCACGCAUUUGGGUGUUUUGGAACUCCUGGAGUCCCGGCCGAGGGAGGAAGUGGCUGAGCGCAUUGCGCAUGCGUCGCGCUCGCUGGUGGGUAAAGGUGCAGAUACGAUUCUGCUCGGUUCGGCUGGAAUGGCCGACAUGAUGCGCGCUGCUAAGGAUGCUGUUCGUGACGAAGAUGGCCGUCGGACGGUCAAUAUUAUUGAUCCCGUCGAGGCUGGUAUCAUGAUGAUGGCUAGUCUGGUGGGCAUGGGGAUUCCGACUAGUAAGAAGGGUUUGUAUAAGGGUGAGAAGGAGGCCAGGAGAACGAGAGGCCAGAAUUGGUUGUGAUGUGAUGCAGCCACAGACCUGUCGGUCUAGGGAGGGGAGUGGAAGGGCUCCUGGAAGGGUAUAUGUUUGUGAUCUGAGGGAAGAGAAAGAAUAUUUGUUGGGGUACCAAUUACAGAAGAAGGAUUUAGACAAGCGUUGCAGUGUCGGGAGAUGGGAUAUGUGUGAGAGCGAGACAUCUUCUGGAUCUGGAUUGAGGUCAGAUCUAAUGCCAUACUGGUAAUGUGCUGAUUAUGAUUUGGAUAUCUACAUCAUCUGGCUUUUGGUCUUUGGGGACCUGACCUGGCAAGGAUAAAAUCAAAAUCUUGACAGUCGUCCUGUUCGAAUCAGUUAUUUGGACAGGCGUUGCAGAUCGCAGAUUGAGAUAACUUGGAGUCCAUGAUUGAAUGUGUUCUAUGCCAUACUAGUAUCGUGCCGUGCUACUACAUGCCACGAGCAGCAAGCAGGUGCCAAGGUUGGUCUCUCGCCCACAACUUCCUCUCGCCGAACAUUGAAGUGCUGGCUAUCAAUUUCUACCGGUGGGUUGAUGGACUGGAUAGGUCCCUAAUGUAGAUGGAUGUUUCAUACACAAGUCC